AGAGCCAGACAAAACACUGGUUUUCUAACUUGGUAGUCUUUCUUUACUACUUCUCUCGAGGUGAUUCCUUCAAACUCUAGACUGUGCUGCCCUUUCUUUAACUAUUUCUCGUGCAGUGAGCUAUUUCCAUUUCAUUUGUUUUUUAUCUUUUUUUUUGAAACUUAAACAAAAACACUCCUCCCUUCCUAUAAAUACCCUUGGCUUUCCCUUUAAUUAUCUCCUCCAUCCUUCCCUUCGUUCUUUCCCUAUUACUACUACUACCAUCUCUUUCUUCCCUCCCUUUUGUUGUUUCAACCUAUUUGUCUCUUCCUCUGUACUCUUCUCUCUCCAUAUUUUCUUGAAGAUUCUCUGUUGCUGCUUAACACGAGAGGUUUUUUAUUUCCGCAAACGGAAUUUUGAACUACAUAGAGUGUGAGUGAGGAAGGAUGUUCAGAGUUGAAGAAGAAGCAGAAGAAAGAACAAUGUCGGUUUGUAAGAACCAAGAUCCUCGUAUUCACGGCAUCCAAACUAAAAUUCGUGUUGUUCCCAAUUUUCCAAAACCAGGGAUUAUGUUUCAAGAUAUAACAACUCUGCUUCUUGAUCCAAAGGCAUUCAAGGAUACUGUUGAUUUAUUUGUUGAGAGAUAUAAGGGGAAAAAUAUAUCAGUGGUUGCAGGAGUCGAGGCUCGGGGUUUCAUAUUCGGUCCACCGAUUGCAUUGGCAAUUGGAGCGAAGUUUGUUCCAUUGAGGAAACCACGAAAAUUGCCUGGCAAAGUCAUAUCUGAGGAGUAUGUUCUGGAAUACGGAAAAGAUUGUCUUGAGAUGCACAUUGGAGCAGUUGAACCUGGUGAUCGUGCGCUAGUAGUUGAUGAUUUGAUAGCCACUGGAGGAACCUUGUGUGCUGCAAUGAAAUUACUUGAGCGUGUUGGGGCUGAAGUGGUUGAAUGUGCAUGUGUGAUUGAACUUCCUGAUUUGAAGGGUCGUGAGCGUUUAAAUGGUAAGCCGUUAUAUAUCUUGGUCGAGACCCACUAGAAGAUGGUAGCAUCGCAUCAUUGGCUAUGCACCUUGGCGAGGAUUAAAAAUGAUGAUGUUUAAACAGCGGAGACAUAUUAUUCACAACUCCUUUACAAAGAUCAGUUCAAGCGUUCUGCUCCAAGAAGGUCGUUCUGCUCUUACACUUGUGGACUUAUUACAUGGAUCUGGGUAAAAUUUAGGCAGUGUUUUCAUGUUUUGAGCAAGUUUUCUUCAUCGGUUAGCAUAAUGUAUCCUAAUUUAUGAGAAGGGGUUGUUGAAUGAAUCAAAUCAAUCAAUAACAUGGAACCGGAUAUCCUCUUUAUUGUUCCCUUUUAUCCAUUUAAUUUCUGAAUGUCAGAAAA